GCAGAGGCAGAAAAAAAAAUUAGUGGGAGAGAGAGAGAAGAGAAAGAUAGAGAGAGAAAGAAGAACAAAGUUGCGGAUUCUCAAGCAACUAUCUUCUGGAAUCUUCUAUUUGAGAGCAAAUCCUUCUCCCUUUCUUAUCGCCAAAUCUUACUUGGGAUUUCUUGUUUCUCUCUCCUCCUCCUUCUACCAUGUCUUCGCCGUCUCAAGCUUCACUUCUGCUCCAAAAGCAGCUCAAAGAUCUUUGCAAAAACCCUGUUGAUGGGUUUUCAGCUGGAUUGGUGGAUGAAAAUAAUCUGUUUGAAUGGAGUGUUACGGUUAUUGGGCCUCCUGAUACUCUUUAUGAAGGGGGAUUUUUCAAUGCCAUAAUGUCAUUUCCGCAGAAUUAUCCAAAUAGCCCACCGCAAGUGAGGUUUACAUCGGAUAUGUGGCAUCCUAAUGUUUAUACAGAUGGCCGGGUUUGCAUAUCAAUUCUUCAUCCUCCUGGUGAUGACCCAAAUGGCUACGAGCUUGCAAGUGAGCGAUGGAGUCCCGUUCAUACAGUGGAAAGCAUAGUUCUUAGUAUCAUAUCAAUGCUUUCGAGUCCUAAUGAUGAAUCUCCAGCAAAUGUUGAAGCUGCGAAAGAAUGGAGGGAAGACAAAGAUCUGUUCAGGAAAAAGAUAAGCCGAUGUGUAAGGAAAUCACAAGAAAUGCUGUGAUACACCCACAUGGCUGCACAUCUCUAAAGUUAUCUCACCUGCUCUGGCCUUGAUUAGAUGGUUGCCAUUCUGCUUCUAUGCGAUGAGAAAUUAGAAGAAGAACGAAAUCUAAUGUGGCAUCUGUUUUUAUAGAUCAGAUUAGUCAUUUUAGGGGGUUUUGGGUGGGAUCAGAUUAGAUUUCUGUCAAAACUGCCUCAUGUGCGCUGUUAGAUUCAUAACAUUUGAUGUGCUUGUGCCUUUUUUUUGAGUCGUAAUGACAGUAUAACAUAUGUGUUUUAUUA